CGUCGUCGACCGCCACAGUGUUAUUAUUAUUAUUCAUCGUCGUCGUCGUCGAAGGCCAUUGCCGCCGCCGCCGCCGCCUCUGUCCGGCCCGAGAGUUCGUAUAUUCCGGUUGCACACGGUCGACCGCCGACGCCACUCAUUCGUCCGGUCAGUAUCAAGUCGGUAGAACGUAUCCCGCGCGCGCGCAAACGAUGGUUCGACGCGGACGCGAUUGAUCGAACAGUUAUUCAUUUAUAAUUCAGUUCUUAUUCUCGCGUAAACGUGUGUGUGGUUUUUUAUUUAUUCGUUUGUUUUCCAUCAACAAGUUGAAAGUUGGACUGUUGGACGACUUUAAUAGUCUUGACGAUUUGCCCGCAAGGACAAUACUAUAUAGUGCAACGCCACUAAGAUACUAUACGCGACACUUCAUCUACGCACAGCGUACAUAAUAUAAUAUUCUUCUUCGUGACACAUCGCGGCCUGCUGCAUUGCGCGAUGAAUACCAGCCGGCACGCGGUCGCCGCCGUCGCCGCCCUGGCGGUCGUCUGCUGUUCGAUGCUCGCUGUCCGCGGCUACGAGUCCGGCGCGCCGGUGCUCACGUGUCGCACCAUGAUCCCGGGUCAUGGCAAGGCGGCCCAGGUGUCUGCCGCCCCGUACAGGAUCGUACCGUCGGAGAACGUCACGUCGUCGAGGAUCCGCGUCACCCUAACCGCGCCGCGGCCCAACGACUACUUCAUCGGGUUCCUGAUCGAGGCCCGAGCGCCCGGAACCGGCGAGGAUGCCGUCGGGUCGUUCAUCCAGGUGCCGCAGGACUCGCAGACGCUCGACUGCAACGAAGUGACCAGUUCGGGCGUGACGCAUAGUAGCAACACGAAAAAGAAAUCUGUAGAAUUUGAUUGGCAAGCACCGGAAAACUUUAACGGACCAGUGAAUUUCGUGGCAACGGUGUUACUUGAUUACGCGACAUUUUGGGUGGGCAUUACUUCGACUCCAGUUCAGGUUAGCAGCGCAAAAGGUGGGCCUUCGAUGGCCGGACCUACCGAAAUCAGCAGAUCAGAAAACGGUCUCAAAGAAAUCGAGGCAAACAUUUACGAUGGUUGUGGAAAAACUAAAAACUGCGUCGGAGCCCCUCUUGGUUGCAUCCAAAGUAUGAACUGCCGAGCAGUUGUCGCCUUGAUGCCCUGGAAUGACAAAUAUCAAUUUGAAAUGAUGGCCCGUGACAGCCAAUACGUGGCUUUUGGACUUUCAGACGACAACAAAAUGGGAGGCGACGGCGUCGUUGAAUGUGUUCACGAAGAGAGUGGUCGGAGCAAUAGCGUGAGUGCUUACAAAUCGUGGAACGUGCCCAAUCGGAAGCAAAACCGACGCGUCGAGGACUUGUCGGGUGUAAAUUUAGAUAGCGCCUCGAUCAUCGACGGUGCUAUUUACUGUAAGGUCGUCGUGGAUCCCGUUUUAAAAGUUGAAGACAGCACAUAUGACCUGGACAACAACGACUAUUUUGUCCUCCUAGCCGCCGGUGCCUCGUUGAAAACGUUCAGCGUUGGUUACCACGACGUAGCGUUCAUAAGUAGCGCCGACAAGAGGAAACUCGGUCAGCUGAGAGCGGCUCGUGUAAUGGACCCGUUUUACGACAACUGUGGUCAGACGAAAACGUGCUUCGGGUCGCCUGAUGGUUGCUUGUCGACCCAGGACUGCGCUGCAGUGACGGCCGUCAAAGUCGAAGGGACCCGGUACAUGUUUGAAAUGAAAGCUAGGAACGCUGCCUAUGUGGCCGUCGGUAUCUCGGACGAUCAGAAGAUGGGAGGAGACAGCGUUAUGGAAUGCGUUCACGAAAACGUUGGCACGAACCUGGUCAAAGCUUACAUGUCAUGGAAUGUUCCUAAUCAAAAGAGCAACAAACGGUUGACGAGCCAAAAUGGACUUACACUGUUAAAUUCUUCGUUUAUCGACGGCACGAUUUACUGUAACGUUGUCCGGGACGCCGUCACAAGAGUGGAAGGAGUUAAUUACGAUCUGAUGAGAAACAAAUACUUUUUACUGAUCGCCGCCGGCACAUCGUUAAAAGAACGGAGUGUAGGCUACCAUGACUUGGCCUAUACCUCAACCGCGGAGGCGAGUGCGCUGUCGGAAAUAAAGUCACUGAGAACCUCGUCAAAGUUGCUUUUGAGGUUACACGGUUCGUUUAUGAUUGUCGCAUGGAUUGGAGCGGCCAGCAUAGGUAUAGUCGUCGCUCGAUAUUACAAACAGACGUGGGUCGGAGGUUCGUGUUGUUCCAAGGACUUGUGGUUUGGGUGGCAUCGUUUGUUGAUGAUGUUCACUUGGAUCCUUUCGUUGGCCGGGUCGGCUUGCAUAUUCGUGGAACUCGGCGAAUGGGUGUCCGGUCCCAGUCAAACUCACGCCCUUUUGGGAGUCGUCACCACCGUGUUGACGUUCUUCCAGCCGAUUUUCGCAGCGUUCCGGCCGCAUCCUGACUCGUCGAAGAGACCGAUUUUCAACUGGAUCCAUUGGCUGGUCGGAAACGCCGCCCACAUAUUCGCCAUUUUAACCAUAUUUUUCGCCGUCACCCUCAGCAAAGCCGAACUCCCAGCAUGGAUGGAUUGGAUACUAGUGGCUUACGUAGGUUUCUACGUCAUCAUCCAUUUAAUAUUGUCGAUAUCGGGUUGCUUGAGUGAAAAAUCGGGAAGUAUGCGCAUAAACACGUUCCCCAUGAAAGAUCUUCACAACGGAAGGAGUCCGAUGAGUUACGAACAACACAAAGAUGCACCGCAUUCUGGAUUCCGGAAAUUCUGGCUGUUCAUUCACGUGUUGUUUAUUGUCUUAAUAACAUCAGUCUUAGUAUUGAUUGUUAUUUUUGCCCCUAUUGACACCAAGUUAAAUUCUCUUCGGGAACAGUUCAGCUAAGAGCUAUCAAAAGCUUUUGUAAUAUUUGUAUUAUAAAUUUAAUUUACUUUUUAAUUGAUUUAUUUUUUAUAUUAUUAUUUAUUAAACCAAAAUAAUUGUUUUAAAUACAGGAUAUUACAUAUUCCUUGAAUAAAAUGUACAGAUAUUCCAAUUAUCAA